AUGACAUUAUAUUUUUGGGGUGGGGUUCUCCUGAAAAAAGGAAGUUAUUUCCUGGACAGACCAUCUAAUAAGGGCAACUACGACGACGAAACCCCUUGCUUUAGCUUAUCUAAAAGCUUGGGGCGUGUAGCUCUCCGUACAAUGAGGAGGGCAGCAUCUGCCUUUGAAUGGAAUCUAGCUAGGGAAAAAGGUAUACCUCGACCUGGGGUGGAUUGGAAGAAGAGCAAGGUCAUUGGUUUGCUAAAUAGAAAUGGAGAUGGUUCUUCUGGGUUCAAAUCCCCGUCUUUGAAUUGGCUCGAUCUGUAUUGGCCACAUCCUCCAUUGGGUAAAGGUGAACUCGGAUGGGUGCGCCAAGGGGUGAGGCUGGAUAAAAUCAUUAGAGAUGCCCGUGGGCUUGUGACUUGGGAAUCUGUAGUCGUCUUAGGCGGUCCGGUUCAUCUUCGAAAGGAGCGUUUCCCGCGAGGACAAUUUGCUAAGCUCAAGCCUAGAGCUGAUGGACCAUUCAAAGUUAUCAAACGCAUUGGUGAAAAUGCCUACAAGAUUGAACUACCAGCUGAGUAUGAGGUUUCAGAUACAUUGAAAGUUUCUGAUCUUUUUCCUUAUUAUGGUGAAGAAAGCACUAACGACUCGGGGGCGAGUCUUCUUCAACUUGAAGGGGAAAACUAG